AUGGGAUCCAAACGACGUGUUGGGCGGUAUGAGCUUGGCCCCACCAUUGGGUCUGGCAACUUCUCCAAAGUGAAGAUUGGCCGCGAUGUGGAGACGGGUGUAGAGUGGGCUGUCAAGAUUGUAGACAAGGACCAACUGGUGCGGGAGAACAUGCAGGAACAACUCCGCCGGGAGGUCGCGGUGAUGAAAAUGUUGCGUCAACCAAAUGUCAUUCAACUCCGCGAGGUGAUGCAGACGACGUAUCACAUUUAUCUCGUGUUGGAGUUGGUGCGGGGCGGCGAGUUGUUUGAUCGCAUUGCCGCCGCCAAGCGCUUUGAUGAACCAACGGCCCGGCGUUACUUUCAUCAACUCAUUGCGGGUGUGAAUUACUGCCACAUGCAGGGCAUUGCCCACCGCGAUCUCAAGCCGGAGAAUUUACUGUUGGAUGAGAGCGACACGCUGAAGAUCUCAGACUUCGGCCUCAGCAAUUUGCACCGCGGGAAUGUCGGCGGGCAGGGAACGAUGCUGCAGACGGUCUGCGGCACCCCAAACUACGUGGCGCCGGAGGUGCUGAAGGAACGGGGAUAUGAUGGCGUGUUGGCGGAUGUGUGGAGUUGCGGCGUUAUUUUAUUUGUCAUGCUCGCCGGUUAUCUGCCCUUUGAUGAUGAGAAUAUAAAUGGACUCUUUGCAAAGAUUGAACGCGGGGAGUAUCGUGUGCCGCGGCACUUCUCACCAGAGGCGCGGGAUCUCAUUGCGAAGAUGCUCACAGUCGAUCCCAGCAAACGAAUCACUGUGAAGGAUAUCAUUCAACACCCAUGGUUUGUGGUGGAUUGGGAUCCCAACAUGUUGAAUACAGGCACUCGUCUGCAGGUCUCAGAGGAACUCAUGGAUGAUGCUAUUCAGCAGAUCUAA